CACACCGCGGGAUGGGAACUGGGGGCCGUCCGAGGACUACAAGUCCCAUGGUGCCUAGCGGCCACUUCCGGACCACAGCGGUGUCCUGGCGGCGCGGGCCGCAGCAAGCGGACUCGGCCAUGCUGCGCGCGCUGAGCGGCGUGGGCGCGCGGCCGCCGUGCCGGCCCCCAGCCCUGCUGCUGCUGCCCGCGCGCGGCCGCAAGACCCGCCACGACCCGCCGGCCAAGUCUAAGGUCGGGCGCGUGAAGACGCCGCCCUCGGUGGACCCUGCGGAGUUCUUCGUGGUGACGCAGCGUUACCAGCAGUACCGCCAAACCGUGCGCGCCCUCAGGCUGGAGUUCGUGUCCGAGGUGCGGAAGAAGGUGCACGAGGCCCGAGCCGGGGUCCUGGCGGAGCGCAAGGCCCUGGAGGACGCCGCCGAGCACCGAGAGCUGAUGGCCUGGAACCAGGCGGAGAACCGGCGGCUGCACGAGCUGCGGAUAGAGAGGCUGCGGCGGGAGGCGCGAGAGCAGGAGCAGCAGCAGGCCGAGGAGCAGGCCCGCAAGGCCCGAGAGGCGCAGGCCUGGGUGGAGCUCAAGGAACAAGAAGUGCUGCAGCUGCAGGAGGAGGUGAAAAACUUCAUCACCCGAGAGAACCUGGAGGCGCGGGUGGAAGAAGCGCUGGAUUCCCCAAAGAGCUACAACUGGGCCGUCACCAGAGAGGGGCUGGUGGUCAGGCCGCAGCACAAGGGCUCCUAGGGGCCCAGUAAGGACAGUGCCCAUCAGGGACGAUGUGUGUACGGGGAGUAGGAGGGUCGGGCCUGAUCUGGAAUAAAGCAGUUGGCUUAGCUAUU